AUGGAUUGUAGAGACUUUUUCUGCUUCCUCACGCUGGCGCCACCAAGCAACGAGCCUCGCAGUCGUUCACAGCUCCUGAGUGCCAAGCGAUUGGCCCAAAUCGGGAUACACGGGGAUGGGGCGGAGGAGGAGGGCGAAACUCGAGGAGGAGGAGGAAGGCAUUCGGAGGAGGAUGGAGACACCGGGGUGGGGGGCGGGAGGGAGGCACGGGAAGGAGGAGGAGUGGGUCCCGUCCCGCUGGCUGCUCAGUCCCCAGUGAUGGGGCUGCACCGGCUGGGACCCCUUUGCGCCGGGGCUCUGCUCUGGGCCCUGCUCGCCGCCUCAGCCCCCCUCGGCCCCCGCAGGGAAAACGCGGCAUCCUCCUCAUCCUCAUCAUCCUCCUCCUCAUCCUCCUCCUCAUCCUCCUCAUCCUCCUCCUCAUCCCCGCGUGUGCGGGUGGGAGUCGCGGCUUGGCGGGGAGACACGGGGCGCGGGGCACAGCCGCCAGGGUUGCUGGAUAACUCUCUGAGGAGGCAUGGAGCGAAGGGAACGCGGCCGGGAAAACAUCACUAUCAUCAGCAUCAUCAUCAGCAGCAGCAGCAGCAGAAGCACGCUCAGCCUCAGGGCGACGAGCCUGCAGGGUUCCCGCUCCUCUUCAGCCUCCCGGACUUUUCCCAAGCCGACUUCAACCAACCCAACCCCAACAUCCAGGUGACCAUUGAGGUUGUGAGCAGCCCCGAGAUGGAGCUGGACCUGGUGACGGGGGCCGGCCGCCUCGAUUGGCCGGAGCCGCGCGGCGACGCCGCCGCGGCCCAGCUGGCGCCCCGCUGGCUCCUCCAGCUGUGGCAGAGGUCGCUCGAGGGGUCAAAGGGUGCCAAGGCCGGCGGGCAAUCGGAUUACAGCUACUACGAAGAGGAGGAUGGCGAGGAUGAUGAUGAUGUGGGGUACGGGGACGGUGCGGACGAUGGGGCCUUUUUUGGGUCACGCAAACGAGGGCAGCAGAUGGUGAGCGUCGGGGAGGAGGAGGGGGCUACUCACGAAGACGACGACGACGGUGAUGAUUAUGGAGACGCAACGUCACCUCCACCCAGCGCAGAGACACGGCUCAACAACACCGGGGCCGACAGCUGUGAGCGGUGGGCGCGAUGCGAGCGCGGCGCGGCUCUGCGCCCGUACGUGCGCCGCGUGCUCGCCGAGCUGCCCUCCUGCCCCUGCGUCUACCCCCGGCAGGUCGCCUACGGCAGCGCCCUCAUCCCAGAGCCCCCCGAGUCGGGGGCAGCAGCGGCGGGGGGAGCAUUGGGGGCAGCAGAAUCUUUAGACCCAUUAUCACGGCCGCAAUCGCCGCAAUCGCCGCCACCCUCCUCCUCCUCGUCCUCGUCCCCACCGCGCCGCGCUCGCUCCGUGCGCUGGCGCGACGCGAGCGGACCACACGAGCGCCUGGACGUCUACAAGCCCUCGGCACGCUACUGCAUCCGCUCUGUCCCGCACACGCAGCCCGCUCCCUCCUCCUCCUCGUCGUCACCGAGGCACCGCCGCCGCCCGGCUCCCACCCACGCUCCUCCUCUUCCGUCGUCGUCGUCGCCGCUGCUGGCGGCUCAGCAGUGCUGCUACGACGCGGCGAUGCGCCUCGUGACCCGGGGGCCCGGCGCGGGCACGCCCAGCCUGGUGAGCGCCGACCUCUCCCCCGAGCUGCACCGCCGCCUCGACGUGGGGCCGUGGCUGGCGUGCCGCGGGGACUGGAGCCGCUACAACGCCGCGCGGCCGCCCAACAACCGCCGCGGCUGCGCCGAGAGCCCCCGGGACGCCGACUUCGACCGCCUCCUCGGGCAGGCCGGGGACUUCUGACUCCACUCGUGCGUGGGUGGGGGGAGAUGGAAUUUAUACUGGAGGAGGAGGAGGAAUCCGAUGAACUGUGAAGCUCUUUUUCACGGAUGUCGGGUAAGGGGUGGGGGGUGGGUUGGAUCGCGGGAGUCAGAGUGUUUCGGAGAGUGUAUGUGAGAGAGCGUGAGUGUGUGUGUGAGAGAGAGUGUGUGAGAGUGUGAGUGUGUGAGAAAGAGUGUGAGUCCCAUCGGUGAGCUCCUUCGGCAGGCAAGGCUGCGUUGGCUGGGCCAUGUAGCCCGCAUGCCUAAACAGCUUUUGUUCGGCCGGACAGAGGAGGCUAAAUGGUCGCAGCAUGGGCUAGAGAAGAGAUGGAGUGAUGUGGUACAGGAGGACGUGGAGCUGAGUGGACUUGCCGAUGACUGGUGCCAGCGGUAUCAAGAUCGACCUAUGUGGAGGAGGCUCGUGAAAGAGGCUGCUACUGGGUAGUUGGAGACAGUCGCCCUCCAACAACAACAGAGAGCAACAACAACGGAGAGCAGAUCUGGACAAAGUACCAUUGGUGAGCUCUUCCGGAAGGCAAGGCAGCGUUGGCUGGGUCAUGUAGCCAGCAUGCCCGGCCACCGCAUGCCCAAGCAGCUUCUGUUUGGCCGCAGAGAGGGGGAUAAACGGGCACGACGAGGGCUGGAGAAGAGAUGGAGCUGAUGCGGUAGAGGAGGAUGUGGAGCUGAGUGGACUUGCCGAUGGACGGUACCAUCGGUGUCAAUAUCGGCCUCUAUAUAGAAGCCUCGUGAAGGACGCUGCUGGGCAGUUGGAGACAGUCGCAACAAUGGAGGGCAGAGGAGGGACGCUCACAACAACGAGUGGAGCAUUGGGUGGUUAAAAUACAGCAAGUUGGCACAGUAGGGGGCACAGCUGGUGCAUCUACCAGUCAUCUCAGUCAACCUAUGGCACCUGGGUCUGUCCCGUGACCUGUCAGCGAGCCUUCUAUACUUCACGUGGCCUCAAAGUGCACCUGGCCUGGCACAGUCGCCGUGGUGACGCCACUGUCACUUCAUGGCGAAUUGCGGGUAUUGGUGAGAAAGUGAGAGUGUGUGAGAGCGUGUGAAGGGGGGAGUGGUGGCGUAGUGGUUAGUGCGCUGCGCUAAAAAUCCAGCGACCCGAGUUCGAUUCCCGCUCACGGCCACCAACACCAGUGACGAUUAUCUAAACCGAUCUUGGGCAUCCCCUAGGUCGACUCAGCAUCAAAUGAGUACCAGGUGCGAUGUGUUAACAUCGCACCUGGUGAGACAAAGGCGGCCGGGCGUGGUGCUGGCCAUUCAUCCCCUCGUGUGCCGUGCCAGCCUUCAUAGGUGCUUGCUCACAGCGCUUGCCCCAACAGUCUGUUAAGUCUAAACGGAGGAUCUUUGUCUUUGUGUAAAUGCUGACAUGUGAAUGAAUGUUUGAUGUCCGUGUCUCAGUGUCUUUGUCCGAGUGUCUGUGACCCUGUCUCCCCUGUCUGUGCCUGUCUGUGUGUGUUUCAGGGUCUCUCUCUCCCUGUGCUUCCUAAGUCUGUGUGCGAUUCUCUAAGUGGAGGAGGGGGCUGGGUGUGUGGGGGGGUACCGUGUCACGUACUAUCUCCCCAGCACGACCUUCUCGGUUCGACUCCGUGGGGCUGCCCCCCCAGGCGAUGGGGCUGCCCCCCCAGGCGAUGGGGCUGCCCCCCCCAGGCGAUGGGGCUGCCCCCCCAGGCGAUGGGUCGCGGUGACCACGGCAACCUCUCUGACGACGCUGGGGGGGGGGGCGGUCACGGUCUCCGCGACGUCGCUCGCAAGACGUUGGCCAUUGUGUGCCGCCCGCGUCACGGUCAACGAUUCUGUUCACGAACGAUCCGGAGAGUUGAUUCCAUUUGGGAUAAACGGGCAGCAGCAGCAGCGGCAGCAGCCACAUCGCUCCCCCCUACGGCGACACUCUGGCAGGAGCCUCCUGAAAAGCAGCGAGCGGUCGUCCUUGCCCCGCACCUCCCGUGAGCGCGGGUGGCUAUUCAUGGUGCGAAAGAAGUUCAACAUACACGACACGAUACACUACAAUACACACGACAAAAUACACUACACUAUACACUACACUACACACUACAAUACACACUACACUAUACACUACAAUAUACACUACAAUAUACACUACACUAUACACUACACUACACACUACAAUACACACUACACUAUACACUACAAUACACACGACAAUAUACACUAUACACUACACUACACACUACAAUACACACUACACUAUACACUACAAUAUACACUACAAUAUAUACUACACUAUACACUGCAAUACACACUACAAUAUACACGACACGAUACACUACAAUACACACGACAAUAUACACUACACUAUACACUACACUAUACACUACAAUACACACUACAAUAUACACUACACUAUACACUACACUAUACACUACAAUACACACUACACUAUACACUACACUACACACUACACCAUACACUACAAUAUACACUACACUAUACACUACAAUAUACACUACACUAUACACUGCACUAUACACUACACCAGAGGUGGGACAAAGUCAUUGUUAUGCAAGUCCAAGUCGAGUCUGAAGUCAUCAAAUUCAUGACUCGAGUCUGACUCGAGUCCAAGUCACAUGACUCGAGUCCACACCUCUGCACUACACUACACUAUACACUACAAUACACACUACACUAUACACUACACUAUACACUACACUAAACACUACACUAUACACUACAAUACACACUACAAUAUACACUACACUAUACACUACACUAUACACUACAAUACACACUACAAUACACACUACAAUACACACUACACUACACACUACACUACACACUACACUAUACACUACACUAUACACUACAAUAUACACUACACUACACACUACACUACACACUACACUAUACACUACAAUAUACACUACACUAUACACUACAAUAUACACUACACUACACACUACACUACACACUACACUAUACACUACACUAUACACUACACUACACACUACACUAUACACUACACUAUACACUACACUAUACACUACGAGAGCAUUGAGACUCGCCGAGGCUGUGCGGGGUUAGCGGGUGGAACAGCAACGAUGAUGAUGAUGAUGAUUUGUUGUAAA